CUUUGCUUCACUUCAAGAACUCAUUUCCCAUAACCAAUAGUAGUUACUCUUCCCACUACGCAGCUGAGCUUGGAAUUGCCAAUCCUAAUAGUACUACUUCAUGGAAUAUGAGCAAGGAUUGCUGCACAUGGAGCGGUGUCACAUGUGAUGAGCUUACUGGCCAAGUUAUCUGCCUUGACCUUAAAUGCAGUGGGCUUCAAGGCAUUCUUCACUCCAACAGUAGCCUUUUUUCCCUUGCUCAUCUUCAAUCUCUUGUUCUCUCCUACAAUGAUUUUCACUCUUCCAAAGUUUCUACUCAAUUUGGGGGAGUUUCCGGAAACUAUUUUCAACUUGCCAAACCUUCAAGGGCUGGACUUAAGUUACAACACAAAUCUCAAUGGUACAUUCCCUCAAUAUAAUUGGAGUAGCCCACUUGAGAAAUUGAGUCUUUCUCACUCCAGGUUCUUCAUAGACUUGCCUUAUCUUACAAGAAAUCUGAAGUACUUGACGACUCUGUCUUUAGCUGCUUGCAAUUUUGUAGGAUUAUAUCCAACACUACUACAUGCUAACCUCACUCAAAUCACUUCUUUAGACCUUUCUUUCAAUAAUCUUGGGGGUCAAAUCCCAUGGUCUUCUCUGAAUCUUCAAAAGCUUAUUGAACUAGAUCUUUCAUCCAAUAAUUUCAUCGGCCAGCUUCCAGAAGUUUGUAGCAGUAAUUCAACAAAAGUUUCGUCCUUGUGCAUCUCUUCAAAUCACGAUGAUUUAGUUGGUGGUCCUCCUCUGAAUUUAAAAUCCUUGAAUUUAUCUACUAACAAACUUAGUGGGACAAUACCAUCAUGGUUAUAUUCCCUUCAGUAUUUGCAGGAGUUAGAUCUAAGUAACAACAACUUCACUGGCUCCAUUCUUGAAUUCCAAUCUGAUUCUUUACUACAUCUUGAUUUACAAUCUAACAAACUAGAAGGUAUCUUUCCAAGCUCAAUUUUUGAACUAGUGAAUCUUUCGUUUCUGUUUCUAUCUUCAAAUAAAUUAAGUGGUGUUGUGUCAUUAGAUCAAUUCUCAAAGUUCAAAAGCCUCGAAUAUCUUGAUCUUUCUUUUAAUAGCUUAUCAGUGGUUGAUUCUAUCAACAAUGUCAAUAGUACCUUGCCAAGCACUCUUUUCUCAUUGGCAUUGUCUUCAUGUGGCCUAACUGAGUUCCCAUACUCUCUUAGAAAUGCUGAAAAGUUAGGAAGCUUGGAGCUUUCCUACAAUCAAAUUGAAGGGGCCAUUCCCUCGUGGCUUUGGAAUGUUGGCAAGGAUUCAUUGUAUUUCCUUGAUCUUUCUCAUAACUUGUUGACACUUGUGGAUCAACUUCCAUGGAAAAACCUACGAAACAUUGACCUGUGCUCUAACCAACUUCAAGGUCAUCUCCCAAUUCCACCACCUUCGACAUUGUUGUUUUUAUUUGCAAACAAUCAAUUGGUUGGAGAAAUACCAUCUAUGCUAUGCAACCUCACUUCUCUUACAGCGGUUGAUUUGUCAAAUAACAGUUUGAGUGGUAACAUUCCUCCAUGCCUGGGAAAUUCAAGCAAAAUGCUCUCAGUGUUGUGUUUGCAGAAGAAUAACUUUCAUGGCAUCAUUCCUCCAAUCUUUGCAAAGAAAAUUGCUCUGAGGAAUUUAAACCUCAAUGGAAAUCAAUUGGAAGGUUCCCUUCCUUUGUCAUUGUUCAACUGUAAAAAGUUGGAAAUUUUGGAUGUUGCGAACAACAAGAUACAUGGAUCAUUUCCCCAUUGGUUGGAAUCUCUCCCAAACUUACAAGUGCUUAUCUUAAGAUCUAAUAGAUUUCAUGGUCCAAUAAGUAAACCAAGUGUUAGAUUUCCCUUUCAACGGUUGAGAAUCAUGGAUGUAUCUAACAAUGAAUUCAUGGGCCUCUUGCCAAAAGAAUAUUUUGAGAAUUUUGUGGGCAUGAUGAAUGCCUAUUCAAAAGACUUGCAAUAUAUGGGAAGGUUCAUAGGACCAUCCUAUUAUCAUGAUUUUGUUUCGGUGGCAGUAAAAGGUUUCUAUGUUGAGUUGGUGAAAAUUCAAUCCAUGUUUAUAACCAUUGAUUUCUCAAGAAAUAACUUCAUAGGGGAGAUUCCAAACAUGAUCAUUGGAAAGCUAUAUUCACUCAAAGGGCUUAAUCUUUCGCACAACAAGCUAUCGGGUAAUAUUCCACCAUCAUUGGGAAAUUUGAGCAAUCUUGAAUGGUUAGAUCUCUCCUCAAACGAGUUUGUUGGGACGAUUCCAUGGCAAUUGGCAGCAAAUCUAAAUCAACUUGAAUUUCUAAAUCUUUCCAUGAACAAAUUGGAGGGACAAAUACCUCGUGGCCCGCAAUUCAACACAUUCAAUGAUGAUUCGUAUAGUGGAAAUUUGGGGUUAUGUGGAUUUCCACUUUCUAAAACAUGCAACGAAGGCAAGAUAAACAAAACAUCUUCUCCGGAGGAUCAAGGGAAUGGUGUUUUCUGGAAAGUUGUGCUGAUGGGAUAUGGAACUGGAAUAGUGAUUGGCAGUUUAAUAGGAUAUGUUGUCCUUACAAAUAAAGAUGUUGAUCAGAUUAAGAAAAGCUUUAGAAGCUACAAUGGCAUCUAAAACUAUUUCGUCAAAAUGGUGGAAUUUGAAGAAGAUACUAGUUGAUAUGAUGAUCAGCGUUUUGUGGAGUCUAUUGCAUGUUUCGAAAUAAGUCAUAUGUUGCUUAGAUUGUACCAAUUAAAAGUAUAUGUUGCAGAGCUUGUACCAAUAUAUAAUCCAUGCAAUAAGUUCUUGUUAAUAUAAUUUUACUCAACAUUGUAGAUUGAUAUAUUAUGUUAUGAAUAAAGAGAAUUUUUGUGAUGCAUAUUUUAUAGAACAGAGGACAGAGGCAAAGAAUAAC